ACGUUACUAUGAUGGAUCUGUUGUCAAAUAAGACUGUUUUAUAUAAAAAAAAUUGUAACAAUGUGUAGAUUGAAUCAAUUGAUUAAAUUCUCGGCUUGAUUCGAAUAUAUCAUGAUAAAAUGGAUUUUGAUAGCCCUGAUGUGAUGAAAGAUUUUCCUGGAUUAUAUGGAUCUGAAUCUAAUAAGAAAAGCAAAGAUGACAGUGAUUUUAGCGAUGAUGCCGCAAAGACCGAUUCAUUGAUUGGUAAGAAAAAGGACAAGAAAGAUAAGAAGGACAAGGAAAAAGGAUAUGCAGCUUUAGAAGGAGAGAGUUCCGGAGACGAGAAUUCCAAAUCCAGAAGCCCUUCCAAAUAUAAAAAAUCAAAAUCUUUUAAAUUCACAUCGAAAUCAAAAGAGAGAAGAGAUAAAUCCAAAGAGAAAGAUGUUAUUGAAAAAAAAAAAGAUAAAGAAAAAAAGUUGGAAAAGAAGGUUGAAAAGGAGAAAGGUAAAUUGGAUAAGCAUAAAAAACUGAAGACUGGCGAAGACAAUUGUAAUCUUGCGGAUGCUCUACCGAUAUUUGGAGUCAGUUUAGAAUUGUCGGUGGAGAGGAGCAAAUGCCAUGACGGUGUAGAUAUUCCAUUGCCUGUAAGGCAAUCUAUAGAUUAUUUAGAAGUUGCCGGAAUUACUUUCGAGGGAAUUUAUAAAGUCAGCGGCACAAAAUCGAAAGUUAUUCACAUAAGAAAAAUGUUUAAUCAUCGAGAGAAUGUCAAUUUAUUCGAUUACGAUGUACCUACAAGCACUAGCCUUCUAAAAAUGUUUCUAAGGGACUUGCCGGAGCCCCUCUUUACUAAUGACUUACUGAUAAGAUUCGAGGAAGCAGGGGCUAUUCUCAGCUCGGCUACUAGAGAAAAACAUCUCAGAAUCCUGAUAGACAACUUACCUCCUCUGAAUAAAUUACUCCUAUCCUGGUUACUGAUCCAUUUAGAUAAUAUUAGUAUGAACGAUAAGGUCAAUAAAAUGAGCAGAAGUAAUCUAGGAGCUUCGCUUAAUCAUACUUUCCAUGUAUCUUCGAGACUUUUGACUGCGCUUAUACACCAUAGCAAAGCUUUAUUCCCAAAACUGAUUUUGACUCGUUAUAUUCCACCUCUAAGUGCUGGGGCCACUUUACCUUCAACCGCGGAGGAAAUUCAAAGAGAACUGGAAAAACAAGAAUCGCUGUUAAAUCUAAUUCAUAUGGAAAUGAGUUGUGGCUGUAUCGUUAAACAGAGAGAAGAGCUCCUUUGGGAGGUUCAACGGAUAAUUACACAAUUGAAGAGAAAAAUGAAGAGUUUCCAGAAAGACAAGGAUAUUGUAGCGCAACAAGAAGUGAUGGAGAAACCUGUUGUUGGUAAAGCAUCAUCUGAAGAACCCGUCGAAGAAAAAGCCGAUUUAGAAAUAACUUUUGCUUCGGAAUUCAAAAUACCUGAUAAUUGGCCUCCGACAACAUUUCCUGAAAAAAUUGAUUCGACCAUUUUAUCGGACAAUUUAUUUCAAAAGAAAACAGAACAACUCAUCCCCACCACAUCCAAGGUAGAAACAUUAUUCGAACAUGAUUCUGAUGAUCAUAAUUUCGACAGGGAGGACUCUCCAGAAUUGGAUUUUACCAAUAAAAUUGAUAAUUAUGAAAAACUCGAGGAAGUGGAGCCCGAUGAGUUUUUGGAAAUGCAAGAUGGUCAAUUUCCGAAUGUUGACAAGGUGGUCUCUCUAAUGAAAAUUAAAAACAAUUAUUUGUUGAAGCUGAGGGAAAAACUUGGUAGAGCCAUCCAGAUUGAACGUAAGGAAAUCGAUAAUCUGAAAGUUCAGUUGAAAAAUAAAAAAAUUGUUUCGCCAAGCGUGCAACACGGUGAAAAUUUGGAUAAAGUGAUGGACCUUCUUCAUAAGGAAAAUCAGAUUUUGCAAAUAAAAAAAAUCAAUUUGGUUAGACAGAUAAUUGAGCAACAAGAAAUCUGCAUAGAUUAUAGAGCGAAAAUUGAACUUUACAGUAAUUACAAAAAAUAAAUCGACAUUUGUUCACUAAUUUUGUCCAACCAUUUUAGGAUUGAAUUGUUUAUUGUUAGAAUUUGAAAUGAAGAAUUGUAAUCUAUAAAUGUUAUAAUAUAUUAUAUAAUUUAUGUACAUUAUAGCUUCGAAUUUUAA